AUGUGGAAGGAAUCUUUGAUGGAGUUGGAACAUAUGAAUAUUCAGCGGACCUACAUCCCAGUCUCCUUGUCUACCACUCAAAGAAGAGAGCUACACAUCUUCUCGGAUGCCUCUACAGUAGCCAUAGGAGCGGUAGCCUACCUGAGAGUUAUUGACUCGGAAGGUCAAUGCCAUGUUGGAUUUGUCAUGGGGAAAUCAAAAUUGGCCCCUCGUCCGGCCCACACUAUCCCACGCCUAGAACUGUGUGCGGCUUUGCUAGCUGUUGAGAUGUAUGAACUGAUCAAAGACGAAAUUGACAUUGAUAUACAUGCAGCCAAGUUCUACACAGACAGUAAGAUAGUUCUCGGUUACAUCCACAAUGUCACCAAAAGAUUCUAUGUUUAUGUUGCCAAUAGGAUAACUCGCAUCAGGAAGUCUACCCAUCGCAAUCCAGCAGACCAUGCAACCAGGCCCAUACUUGCUGCGCUCUUAAAACACACUAGUUGGUUCUCAGGUCCACAGUUCCUGACCCAAACAAACUCGAGUAAGCCUGAGAACAUCAAUUUUGACCUUGUAGAGCCUCACACAGAUGCAGAGAUUCGACCAGACGUCACUGUCUUUGCCUCUAAAGUUUCUAGAGCUCAACUCGGCUCUCAUCGCUUUGAGAGGUUCUCAAGCUGGAAAACUCUCAAUCGAGCAACAGCACGACUCAUUCAUGUUGCAAGAUCCUUCCAUGAAGGUGCAGACAACACCAGCUGCAGAGGCUGGCAUGACUGUAAUAAACCAUGCGGUACAAGUGAGUUGUCACAAGCCAAAACAGCAAUCAUUCACUGUGUGCAACAUGAAGCCUUCAGAGAGGAAUUCAAAUGCAUUGAAAAAGGAAAAGAGUUCCCAAAGCAAAGUACACUCAAAAAGCUGAACCCAGUGAUUGAUGAGGAUGGGUUGCUGAGGGUGGGAGGCCGCUUAUCCUCCGCCGACAUGUUACAAGACGAAAAACAUCCUCUCAUCAUCCCACGGACACAUCAUGUUGCCACUCUGCUGGUAAGACAUUAUCACGAGCAAGUGGCUCACCAAGGCCGUCAUUUUUCAGAUGGAGCUAUUCGAGCAGCAGGCUUCUGGAUUAUUGGGAGCAAACGUCUGGUCUCUGGUAUCAUUCACAAGUGUGUCACCUGCCGCAAGGUUAGAGGGAGGUUAGUUGACCAAAAAAUGGCUGACUUGCCUGCAGACAGACUCACAUCUGAACCACCAUUCACCAGCGUUGGACUUGAUGUGUUUGGACCAUGGAAUGUCAUAACUCGUCGCACUAGAGGUGGUAGUGCAGACUCCAAGCGCUGGGCGGUGCUCUUUACAUGUAUGUCUACUAGAGCAGUCCAUAUCGAGCUUAUCGAAUCCAUGUCCACAUCAAGCUUCAUCAACGCGCUGAGGCGUUUUUUCGCUAUCCGUGGUCCAGCAAAAGUGCUACGGUCUGAUCGAGGUACAAACUUCAUAGGUGCCUGCAGGGAACUGGGUAUCGACACAAAUGACUCAGAACUGACUAAAUACCUCUCAGAUAAGGGAUGUACUUGGAUAUUUAAUCCUCCACACUCGUCUCAUAUGGGUGGUUCUUGGGAGAGACUCAUUGGGGUUGCCAGACGUAUUCUUGAUGCUAUGCUGUUUCAGACGGGCUCCACUCGUCUCACACAUGAGGUCUUGAGCACUCUUAUGUCUGAAGUUAUGGCAAUAAUCAAUGCGAGACCCUUAGUGUCAGUAUCAACCGACCCUGACAUGCCUACCAUUCUCACACCCUCAAUGUUACUUACACAAAAGACCAGCGCUACCUCAGCCCCUUCUGGAUACUUCAGCAUGAACGACCUUCAUGGAAAACAGUGGAAGCAAGUCCAGUGUCUCGCUGACACCUUUUGGAAAAGGUGGAGACAGGAGUACCUGACAACGCUGCAGAGACGCAGAAAAUGGACAGCAGAAAAGCCAAAUGUAAAAGUGGGAGAUGUUGUCUUAUUGAAAGACAGUCAGGCACACAGAAAUGACUGGCCAGUCGGGCUUGUGGUAAAAACCUUUCCCAGUACUGACAAAAAGGUUAGGAAAGUAGAACUAAAAAUUGUCAAGCAAGGAGCUGCUAAGGUGUUUCUGAGACCAAUCUCAGAGAUUGUUGUUCUUCUCUCUGAAGCAUCCUAG